AUGGACGCGGCAAAGCUCAGCAAGAAGCGGAAGUACAAGGACGGCUCGUCCAGCGCGAAGGCUGCCGCCGCCGCCCCAGCCAAGGCGACAGCACCCGUCCCCAAGUCGAAGAAGCUCAAGCGCGCGGAACCCGUGGUCGAGCCCGAGGAGUCUGACAGCGACGACGACGACGACGACGAUGAUGAGGAGGAGCAAGGGGAGGAUGCCAGCGCCAGUGGAUCCGACAACGACAACGAGGACGAGGCUGAGAACGAGCAGGAUGGCGAGGAUGCCGCCGAGCUGGACAGAAGAGUCGAGGCUGCGGACAAGGACGACGACGGUGAAGCAGACGCCGGCGCCGACCUGCCCGACGGCAGCGCCCUGACCCUGCCGCCGACGGCAGCCACCGACGCGCAGAACUUUGCAGACCUCAAGCUCUCGGACAAGUCGGCCAAGGCCAUCGAGGAGAUGGGCUUCACCAAGAUGACCGAGAUCCAGCGGCGUGCGGUGCCACCGGGUCUGGCGGGCAAGGAUAUCCUCGGCGCCGCCAAGACGGGCUCGGGCAAGACGCUCGCGUUCCUGAUCCCAGCCGUCGAGAUGCUGUGCUCACUGCGCUUCAAGCCGCGCAACGGCACCGGCGUGAUUGUCGUCUCGCCCACGCGCGAGCUGGCGCUGCAGAUCUUCGGCGUCGCCCGCGAGCUCAUGGCGCACCACUCGCAGACGUACGGCAUCGUGAUUGGCGGCGCGAACCGCAAGGCCGAGGCCGACAAGCUGUCCAAGGGCGUCAACCUGAUCAUUGCCACGCCCGGUCGCCUGCUCGACCACCUGCAGAACACGCCGUUUGUCUUCAAGAACCUCAAGUCACUCAUCAUCGACGAGGCCGACCGGAUCCUCGAGAUUGGUUUCGAGGACGAGAUGCGGCAGAUCAUCAAGAUCCUGCCGUCGCAGGAGCGCCAGACCAUGCUCUUCUCCGCCACACAGACGACCAAGGUCGAAGACCUCGCCAGGAUAUCGCUGCGGCCUGGCCCGCUAUACAUCAACGUCGAUGAGGAGAAGCAGCACAGCACCGUCGAGGGUCUGGAGCAGGGAUACGUCGUGUGCGAGGCCGACAAGCGGUUCCUGCUGCUCUUCUCGUUCCUGAAGCGCAACCUUAGCAAGAAGGUUAUUGUCUUCUUCAGCAGUUGUGCCUGCGUUGACUACCACUCUGAGUUGCUCAACUACAUUGACCUUCCUGUCCUCGCUCUGCACGGCAAGCAGAAGCAGCAGAAGCGGACAAACACCUUCUUCGAGUUUGUGAAUGCCAAGCAAGGAAUCCUCAUCUGCACAGACGUCGCCGCGCGAGGUCUCGACAUCCCCGCGGUCGACUGGAUCGUGCAGUUCGACCCCCCGGACGAUCCGCGCGACUACAUCCACCGCGUGGGCCGGACGGCGCGUGGUUCUGGCAAGAAGGGCAAGUCGCUCAUGUUCCUGCAGCCGUCGGAGGUCGGGUUCCUGUCGCACCUCAAGUCGGCGCGCGUGCCCGUCGUCGAGUUCGACUUCCCCGCCAAGAAGAUCAUCAACGUGCAGAGCCAGCUCGAGAAGCUCAUCUCGCAGAACUACUACCUCAACAAGUCGGCCAAGGACGGCCUGCGGAGCUACCUGCACGCCUACGCCAGCCACUCCCUCCGCACCGUGUUCGACGUCAACAAGCUCGACCUCACCCGGGUCGCCAAGAGCUUCGGGUUCAGCACCCCGCCGCGGAUCGACAUCACCCUAGGCGCGGGGAUGCACGGAAACAAGAAUGGCGGUGGAAAGGGGGGCCAACAGGGGAGGAGGCCGUAUGGCAGCCAGCCGCAGCAGCAGAGAAGCCGUGGGCAGCAGAGGAGGUAA